GCGCCUGUGCUGAGAGAGUAGGACGUUUGCUUGUGUGUUCACUUGUGGAGAGAGCAGUAGCGAUAUAAGCAGCGGCGCCAUGGCUACAGUUGGGAAGACCAUAUUAUUGAAGAACAUUGUCAAAGUUCUAGAAGACUUAAAAGGUAUGAAAGUAACCAUAUUGGAGAGAAAACUUUUGAAUAUCCUCAUUGUAGCAAAGACUUUGCAUAUCACAAGCAUCUUCAAAGGCAAGAAAGAAUUCAUGCUGAAGAGAAAUCCUAUGAAAGUAUUCAGUAUGGUAAAACCUUUGUACAUUACAGUAGUCUCCGAAGAACACAUCCUGGAGAGAAACCCUAUGGAUGUAAUCAAUGUAAUAAAUCUUUUGCACAUCAAAGUAGUCUCCGAGUACAUAAAAGAAUACAUACUGGAGAGAAACCUUAUGUAUGUAAUCAAUGUGGAAAAGCCUUUGCACGUCACUAUCUUCAAAAACAUAAAAGAACACAUACUGGAGAGAAACCCUACAAAUGUCAUCAAUGUGGCAAAGAUUUUGCAGAUCACACUCACCUUCAAGUACAUAAAAGAAUACAUACUGGAGAGAGACCCUAUAAAUGUGAUCAAUGUGGAAAAGCCUUUUCACAAAACAGUAGUCUUCGAAUGCAUAAAAGAACACAUACGGGAGAGAGACCCUAUGAAUGUGAUCAAUGUGGGAAAGCCUUUUCACAAAACAGUAGUCUCCAAAUUCAUAAAAGAACACAUACUGGAGAGAAACCGUAUGAAUGCAAUCAAUGUGGUGAAGCCUUUGCAUGUUACAGUCGUCUCCGAAUGCAUAAAGGAACACAUACUGGAGAGAAACCCUAUGAAUGUAACCAAUGUGGUAAAGUUUUUGCACAUCAUAGUAGUCUUCGAGUACAUAAAGGAACACAUACUGGAGAGAAACCCUAUGGAUGUAAUGAAUGUGGUAAAGCCUUUUCAUGUCACAGUAGUCUCCGAAUACAUAAAAGAAUACAUACUGGAGAGAAACCCUAUGAAUGUACUGAAUGUGGUAAAGCCUUUGUAUGUCACAGUAGUCUCCGAAUACAUAAAAGAACACAUACCGGAGAAAAACCCUAUAAAUGUAAUCAAUGUGGUAAAGACUUUGCACGUCAAAGUCAUCUUCAACUACAUAAGAGAACACAUACUGGAGAGAAACCCUACAAAUGUCAUAAAUGUGGUAAAGCCUUUGCAUGUAGCAGUAAUCUUCGAAUUCAUGAGAAAAGAAAAUCAUACUGCGGAAAAAUCCCAUAAAUAUAGUCAUUGUUAUAAACUUUGCACUUCAUGGUAGUCUUUUGCCAUAAGUAAAAGUUUUAAUGUGUAGUUGGUCUGUUCAAGUUUUGUAUAUCACAGCAAUCUUUGAGGACCUGAAAAAUCCUAGUACAGAAGGGAAUCUGACUAUAAGGGAUUCGGUAAGAUCUUUAGCCAACACACUUACAUUCAGUUAAACAAGAUUAUUCUGGAGAAACAAUCUUAAGGAUCUGACAGAUGUCAACAAUCUGUUCAAGCAUUAUGAUGACCCUGUGAAUUUAUAUGAAGAGGUAACCCGUUUAGAUUUCACACUUCUCUUCCAUUAUAUGAGCUAAUUCAUCCAGGUGUAAACUCUAUGAAUGUGUAUUAGUGCUUUUUCUGUUGCUUUGAUAAGCAUGUCUAAGUCAGCUUACAAAAGAGUUUAAUUUGGCCCUUGGUUGCAGAAUCAUUAUGACAAUGGCAUGACAGGUGUGGUAGGCACAGCAGAAAGCUAAAAACUCACAUCCUCAUCCUGCACCAUGAAAUACAGAGUGAGAUAUGAAAAUAGCAUGCAGACAUAAACUCUAAGGCCCAUCCACCCUUGGUGACAUAUUUCUUCUGACAGGACAGCGUUUUCUAAAUCUUCACAAAUGACGCCACCAACUGAGAAGGAUUAAUUUCUCUGCCUUCAAGUCGGCAUGCUUGCUUUCUGUUACAUGAACCAAUUCAUGAUGAAGAUAAACUCUGUAAGCAGACCUUCAGAUGCCUCAACACCUGUGUUACAGUAAUGAAUGCUUGGGAAAAAAAUUCAUGAGUGAAAAUUUUUUUAAUGAUUUGUUCUCCUUUUCAUGUUGUGAUAUCAAUGUGUCUCUGUGUGGGUAUGUGCAUGUUUGUGCUCAUUCCCAAGUGUAACAUGAGGGCCAGGCCUGCUUGGUUGGAUUCUGUAGUCUUGUAGCAAGAGGAAUUUCAGGAUGUUGUCAAAAACCUGACCUUCGACCUGGGAAUAAGCCUGUCUUAACUCUGUGGCCGUGUCUCCCACCCUGUAAACGUUUUUAAAACUUUAUAUGUUAACUUAAUGUUAGAUAAUAGGAAAGAUUCAUACAAGGUAAAACCUAUUCGUGUAAAUGAUUUCACAAAGAUUUUAAAAAUCAAAGUUGUCUUUACUUUCAAGGAAAAAAAAUGUUGUUUCAUCUCUUUUUCAUCAUAUCCUGAAAGAUGUAAAUUAUUUUUCAUGUUCAUGCAAGUGUAGUAGUGAAAAUAACAAUUGUGGUUGUGUUUUGUGUUUUGAAACAUUUGAAGUGGGUAUGAAAUUUGCAGUACAUGUAGCAAAUCCAUUUAGUGAAGUUUAUUUUGUGGCUCUGCUAUUCCUUGUGUGGCUAUUGUUUUUCUUUUGCACUUUCACUUGGUUGGUAUAAAUUUUUUGUUGCAAUAUAUAGAAUGUGAUGCCCAUCUUCUAAGUGAGCCAUUGUUUAUUUAAACAUCAGGCAGUGUGUGAUCACACUUUCCAAGUAAAGGCGUCUGUGAAAGGGUGUUGGGAUUCUGUUUCUGGUUUUGUUUUUCAUGUACUCACAAAUUCCCUUGAGAUGUUGCUUUUUGUUACCUAGCCUGAUAUUGGGGUCUAGCCUCGAAGGGGUUCACACAUUCCAGGGUAGGAGCAGGAGGAUUAGAAUUAUCAAACAAAAGAAAUAGAGAUAUGAGAGAAACGAAAUACAGAAGAACCAGGAGGGAAAUUAAGUAAAUACUGAAAUCACUUGUGUUUAUUUCCUACAUGUAUAUAUCCUACUCCAAAAAGGAGUGGGGAGGCAACAGACUUCAUUAACAUGAUAGAAGGAAUAAACAGCAUCUUCAGUCAAGCACCCUGUUGUUUAGACAGGAUACAUAACAAUCCAUCCUUAGAUCAAGUACCUGCAGGCAGCCACUCCCUGGAACUUCCUGCCAAUCUCCUUAAAGAAACAGGAAUAGACUUGUAUUUUCUGAUGUUUGGUCUAGGUACAGCAGAUCCACCUUUAUACUCAAAAUACUAAUUCAUCACAUCCUAGGUCAGGAUCUCUUGUUUGUAACCACACCUGUUGUCAACAACUUUGAGAGAGCAAGAAUAAGCUCAAAGUCUCUAACAUUUAGUCAAGGUGAAACAGACUCACAUCUGUGGGCCCUGGCAGCCUGACUUGGAUAUCUGCAAGUAGUCAGGGAUACAUUUCAACUCUUGAUCCCUGUGUCAGUAUCUUGAAUACAAGUCCAAGACAGAAGAUGUACCCCUAAUGUGUGCUGAUUUUUCUACACAUUUUAACAAUGUUAAUGUUAAAAUGCUUAAUAGAAGAGAACAUAUAAAACAAUAAAUACCUCAUGCUUAUAUCCAAAGCAGUAUUUUCUUCUCUCUGGUUGAGAUAUGAUAAAGUAAGAUAAUCAGCACAUAUAUGUCACACAACAUAGCUCUAUUUGAUAUGGAUAUGGUUAUAUUAGUUGAUGUUCCAUGCGUCUUCAUGUCCCAAUUAGUUAUCUAUUUGGCACUUCAUCUUGGAGUACUGUCUUCUAGGGAAUUUAUCUAAAUAUGCCAGAUAACACAACAGCAAUAGUAUUUACUUUUUAAAAAAAAAAAAAAAGCCUGGUGUGUGUGUGUGUGUGUGUUGUGUGCACGUGUUUAUGCAUGUGUGUGUGUGUAAAAGCCAAUGUAAUUAUCAGUUUUUAGGCCAAGACAGAUAUGUGGAGAUUAAAGACAAUUUUGUGCGGUCUACUUUUUAGCCUGGUCUACAAGAGCUAGUUCCAGGACAGGCUCCAAAACCACAGAGAAACCCUGUCUCGAAAAAAAAACAAACAAACAAAAAAAUAAAAACCAUCUUUAUAUGUAUAUUAAGGACAGGUUCCAGCCUUGCACACCAUAGACAUUUCCCAGGGAGCUCCCUCACUGAUUCUCAAAAAAGAUUAGUUGAAACAUUACAUCAAUAAAAUAUUGUCUUUUUAUAUUGUAAACAUUGCCAUCUAAGGAUGGGUGAAAA